AUGGCCCUGGCUGCGUCUUUCAACAUGACCGAUACACAGCCUGCCAUUGAAGGAGGAAUUUCUGAAGUUGAGAUCAUCUCCCACCAAGUAGAGGAAGAGAGGAAGAGCCUCACACGGGGGCCUCUGGGGGGCUUUGCCUACGGGGACCUGCCCCUGGCGCCUGUCGACCUCUCCGCCGCUGGUUCUCAGCUCCUGUCGAAUCUGGAUGAAGAAUACCAAAGAGAAGGGUCUGACUGGCUGAAGCCGUGCUGCGGGAAGAGGGCGGACGUAUGGCAGGUAUUUUUGCUCAGUGCAAGCCUCAACACUGUCCUGGUGGCCUGUGUCAUGUUGGUGGUGGUGCUGCUGACUCUGGAACUCCUAAUAGAUAUAAAGCUCCUCCAGUUUUCCAGUGCAUCCCAGUUCGCGGGUGUCAUCCACUGGAUCAGCCUGGCCAUUCUAUCCGUGUUCUUCUCCGAGACCGUGCUUCGGAUUGUGGUGCUGGGCAUCUGGGAUUACAUCGAAAAUAAAAUAGAGGUGUUCGACGGAGCCGUGAUCAUUCUGGCCUUGGCUCCCAUGGUCGCCUCCACAGUAGCCAACGGGCCCAGGAGCCCCUGGGACGCCAUCAGCCUCAUCAUCAUGCUACGCAUCUGGCGGGUGAAGAGGGUCAUCGACGCCUACGUCUUGCCAGUCAAGGUAGAGAUGGAGGCCGUCAUCCAGCAGUACGAGAAGGCCAAGGUCAUCCAGGACGAGCAGCUGGAGAGACUGACGCAGAUCUGUCAGGAGCAAGGGUUCGAGAUCCGGCAGCUGCGCGCGCACCUGGCGCAGCAGGACCUGGACCUGGCGGCCGAGCGGGAGGCGGCGCUGCGGGCCCCGCACGUGCUCAGCCAGCCGCGAGGCCGCUACCAGGUGGUGGAGGCGGGCGCGUGGGGCGAGGACACGGCGGCCGAGAGCGUCGUGGAGGAGCUGCGGCCGGCGCAAGAUGCUGUCGCAGACGACGACAUGAACAGCUACAUCAGUCAGUACUACAACGGCCCCAGCAGUGACAGCGGGGUUCCAGAGCCAGCAGCGUGUGUGCUCACCACGGCCGCCAUCGACGUCCACCAGCCAAACAUCUCUUCAGACCUCUUCUCGGUGGACGUGCCCCUGAAGCCGGGUGACCACGGUACCUGCGCCAGCAUCAUCUCGGACAGCAGUGCCCCCUCAUCCCAUAGCUCUGUCCCCCGGGCCCAAAGCGACAGCAGCCAGCCCCGCGGCUCCUCCACGGACUGCAGCACCGGGAAGGAGGAGCUGCUGUCGGAGCUGGGCCCGUGUCCCCAGACACGGCCGCCGCCCUCCCGCCAGAUGGCUGAGGCCACAGUCCAGGACCUGCUGUCCACCCUGACCAGGGACCUCUGCCCAGCCCAGAGGCCCUCGGACCCAGCCCCAGCUGCCCGGCCCAGCCCGGAGCUGGCCCAGCGAGUAAGUCUGUACAACCAGAAGAACCAAGAUGACAAGCUGGCUGUCCACCCGCUCCAGCCGGCCAUCCACCUGCUGCCCACUGCGCCUGCGCUGGAGGACAAGCUCAGAGCGCUGGAAUGCACAGAGCCAAAGCUCAGGAUCCCCGAGGGCUAG